GUCCUUCACAACAUGAUUGAGGCGAACGCACCCCUUCCAACCUUUGCACAACAUACCUCCAUUUCAUAGCAAAGGCGAAAACAAACGUUCAGUGACAAUGCUGCUUCAAUGUGAGCUAUAAGGAAGAGGGUCAUAUCGGGACCUGGGUUUCAGGUACAUACAGACCAGGCUGACCAGGUAGGACACUUCUAAUGAGUGGACUUUCUCUAAAUGUUAACCUUUUGGGCUGUGUUACCUUGUUUACAUUUGUCAACACUGAGAUCAUAUGACUUCCCUGGUUCACCUGUUGCUAAUUUAGUGCUUACACUAAUUACAGUAUCUUGGUAUAUAUUACUAUGACAACUUACUAGUAUAAUAACCAAAGGAAAUAACCCUUUGAACAAUCUCAACUACUAUACUGUAUAUCACUAAUUAUAUUUUGACAGCUAUGGCGAGAUAUAAUAAAAUGAAAGUAGAUUAAUGAGAGAGAGAAAUAAAUACAUAGAUGCAUGGGUCCAUUUCUGAGCAGGAUAUCUUAUUGCAAGCCAAUGCUCUGCCAGUCAUUCAUGCCCACACAAAAUAAGGCUAAACCUUUGACAGCAGCUGACUUUUCAGCCAGGGUGUUGAUAAUAAUGUAAACCAUUGUUCAUUCAGGGAGGAUGUUGUGGUGAGGUCCAGUUACAUUACAAAGGAGAGGUAGGGCGCUAAAGGUAAAAGGCAGUGUUGUAGUACUCGAGACCGGUACUCGAGACAGGUGUCUCGGUCUUGUCUCGGUGUACUCGGUCUUGACUCGGUCUCGGACAGUGAGGAUUCGUAAUUUCUUCCCGAGACCAGCCGAAACCAGCGGAGUAAAAAACUCAUAAUUAUCAGCUUCCAUUCAGUCAGCGCAUAAAACCGCUUCGCCAGGCCAAAUAUAUACACACCUUUCUUGAAACAUGAAUAUCUUAUCAGCCUUUAUAUCUAUUAUAGACAUGUUUGCGCAGUGGCGAACCUAUUCGCCUUCAGUGUGUGACAGGUUCGUGAUUCUGAAAGGACAGCAACCGUAAUACCAGCGCACUCAUGUAGGAGAGUGCACUUUUCGUAAAACACAAAGGGCCAGUGGUGUAGUGGAGGGUAUACGCAGGUAUAAACAGUAUACCCACUUUUUUUUCAGUCGGCAUUGGGUAUACACACUUCCUAAUCCCUACUGAUGCGUUUCAAAGUAGUGUAGUGGAGGUAUAUAUAUAUUCACAUGCGCGUCGCACACAUAGCCUAGUUUCAACAGAAUAUCAUCUGCAGGCAGCAUGAGUAAAAGAAAGCUCUCAACUGUUUUGGCAUGGAGCAGCUCACAGAAGACUGACAUCGGUAGCUGCUAGGGUAGGAAAUACGUUUCCACUUAUGAUAACUACCAGUAAAUGCUAACUAAGGCAACAAUGGGUAUGCAAACCAGGUAUUGAAAAAGUUUAGUCCGAUGUGUUGAUUAGUAGGCUAUUUGUGAUGCGCAAUUGUCAUUAUGUGCUGUUUGCAUCAGGGGCAUAGACAUGGAUGGGCCUGGGUGGACAGAGGCCCACCCACUGGAGGGCCCUGACAGGCCCACCCAAUCAGAUUUAUGUGGUUUAAGCAUUGUUGUGGAUUUAGACCAUCAAAUAUUUGUAUUUUUUCUAUUUUAAAAAACAUAUUUUGAGAGUGAAAAUCUGAGGAAACCAUGAUUUUUCACACAGGGUGCCUUUCUUUCGCUGGGCGGACCGUUUGGGAACUUUUUGGCAAAAUUUGAGUAUACACACUUCUCCAGGCACCACUGCAUAGGGCCGAUGGAAAGACAGCAGUCACACACAGCAUGAUGUUAAAGGAUAAGCAGUCUAUAAACUCAGACAUAAUAAGCCAGUAGGUCCCAAUCAUAAGAAUACAACAACACAACCAUUAAGCAUUUCCCAAUCGAAAUGUACAACUAUUACUUCCCAUUGCAAAAAACAUUUCAUGUUUAGCACAAAAAGUAACCGGUGACCUAAAGUUUAACGAGGAACUGACAGCGUUUUAACUACUUUGCACAUAUGAAACAAACAGACAAUAAUAAUAGCAGUCAAAUUUAUCAAAUUCCCAGUUUAUGCUUCAAAACCAACUUCAUAGGAGGUUUAAAAAUAGGUAAUUUUUGACUCAACGUUCCUUGACGUACACUAAGGCAUUGUUGGCAGAAUAGAUGCAUGCAGUUCAAUGCAUGAUUAAUAUAAUUCACCAAUACAUUUCUUGGUAGUCCAAAAGAUUGCUAUCAGGUUGUAAAUCACAGCUGGCCUGGUACAUUGUUUGCUGCCUCCAUUCGGGAUGCACUGUUUCAGUUUCAAUUACUCAAUAUUCUGAAAAAAAAGGACAAAUCUAACUAAUGCUGGGAAUGUCAAUACAAUCAAACUAGCAAGGGCAAUGAUCACAAGUCAGUCAUAACGUGGCUAAUAGGCUAGCGUAUCUAUUUAUGUAGCAAGCUAAAAACACAGAGCCUAACAUUAGCUAGAUAGCUAAUGGAUGACAUUGGAGGAGUGGGUGAAUGACUGACUUUUUCCCUUCAUAUCGUUUUUCAGUGGCUAUACACAGCUAGAGAUGCAGGUGUCAUUUGGUUAGCUAGCAAGAACUUGAAUGACUGUUAUCCAGUUAGCAUAUCUCUUGCGUUCGCAAAUUCACUCUGGCUAUCUACUCCGAUUUCCUGCUGAAUAUGACUGGUGUCAGUAAAUGUAGGCAAAACAAGUAAUAGUUAGUCAAGAACGCAUUAGAUAACAUGUAAACAGCCUAACAAGCUCUGCUACGGCGAGUAAAAUGGUCAGAGUGAGGUGUUCUCUCAUUUGUGUCAGGAAGUAGCUAGCUAGCAAGCUAGCCAACUUUAGCCAGUUAGCUUGGGUGCUUGGUUGGGACAAGCAUGCAUUGGCAGGCAAGCUGCACAAGGACAAGGAGGCUACAAUUCCCCAUCGUUUAUCAGUGUAAUUUUGACGGCCAACUAGCUGAAAACAUUUGAGAGGGUUUAUCUAAUCUUCCUUUGUUAGAUUUUAGCUAAUCUUGCUCUGACUAGCAUUAGUUGUUGAUCUUGUUGUUGUUGAUGUGAUGUGCAUAACUGAGGGAGAGAAAGCCUACCUUUUCAUGGUUGUUUGAUCAAUAGGACUGUAAAGUUCCCAAAUGUAAGAGGACUCCCGUAGUGUUUACAUAUUUGCAAAAAUCCAUUCAGGUGUAUUUUGUGGCUUUUGGCGAAUGCGUUCUGAUGAUCUAAAGUCGCACUGUUGCAACUGCCUGUAAACACACAGUCCAGUUCAAAGUGAAUGAUGGCAGGGCCGUGUGGCAAAUGGCUUGUUUGUAUAAAGGCCAACUGUAGCUCUGAUUGGCUAUAGCGCACCGGUCUGUGUAGACUCCGGUCCUGGACAAGACAGAUGUUUUUAUUCCAUUUUAUUUACUGCAGUGUCUAUUAAUUGUCCAAACGCACGGCCACUUUCCCACUAUAUUGCUAUAGAAUUUUCACAAAUGCCUUAGUAUAUGUAACUCCAAAUCAUUCUAAGAGUUUAUGAAAAUGAGAAAAUGACCAUAUCUAAGUGGUCGCUUGUCAGAAAAUGUUUUUAAAAAGUGUAAUUCUUCCUGGGUGUGUGUAUGAACAGAUUUUAAUAAAAUGUCAUGUUGCUAAAAUGCUGUCAGUUCCAUUUUAAAUGCAAAAAUGUUUCACACACGUAAGUUAUUUUCAAAGAGAUGGCUAACAACAGCAAGCGCGCUGCAACAAAAAACACAGUUCCACUCACCAGAUGAUGAUCAUUUGAAACUUAACUUCUUGUUGAAAGUUAUUCUUGAAAAGGGAGAAGCUAACAAAUUAGCAACAACAACCUCUUUGAUAACACCUGCCGCAGCUGCUGCAAACUAGCCAACAACAAAAGCUAGCUAGCUAGACCGUGGGAAAACUACUGCUCGCUAUUGCGCAGUGACCUGUUGGUCUUCAAGAAGGCAGAUGUUUCCAUAUGUUUUUGUAAAAACGGUCCCACCGAUUAAGUCAAAAUGUGAUUGGUUGAUUCCACUGUCACUCCAGAAUUUUGCCCUAAUACAGUUGAAUAGCAGAUGCCUUUAUCUAGGUUCUGAUGGCCUAGAAAAUGGCUGACUUAGCUAGCUAGAUUUAUCUCCCCAGAGACCAGCAAAGAAAAAUCCUGAUUGGAUCUUUCCUUUCCAACAAAAACUGAAGCGAUUAAAUCAGAACAUCAUUGAACAUAAUAAUAUAGUUAUCAUUAUAGUUAUAUUAUUAAAAUCAUUCUUUUAUAAAUCCUUAGCCCUUCUCUGAAGGCGUAGAAGGCCCAUUGUUCCCCACUGUGUUUGGGUUAGCAAUAAUUUGUAGAGUGGCUCUAUUUUCCCUCAGCAUGCAUUUUUUCACUAUUCUGAAUGUCUAAAGAAUCCAUGUUGUUCUGAAAUAUGAACACAGAAAUACUGGACAUUUUGAACUCUUAUUAUGGUGGUGAUUUGACAAACUUACAAUUAUGGUCUUGAAUUGGACUCGCAUUUUUCUGGUCUCGGUCUUGACUUGGUCCACCCCCCCCCUCCCUCCGUUCUUGGACUUGAUUCGGAAUCGGUUUGCUCCGGUCUUGGUCUUCAAUCAGUCUCGCUUUAGUUGGUCUCGAACACAACACUGGUAAGAGGUAUUGGUCUGUCAAAUGUAUUACUCUGCUAUCUGACUAACCUCUAAAGCUAAAUAUAUCCGUUUCAUGGUGUUUUUGUUUGCAGAAGUUGCUUGGCUCUAUUGUUGACAUUGCAGAGUGUGUAUGCCUUUAAGCAAAUGUUAGAAAGGAUUGCACCUAUUGCCACUUUCUUUGUUUAGGACUUACAGUAGAAUUAACAGAGUUGUGAAAUGUGAAACUCAUUUAUUUUUAGAAUACCACCCUAACCUGCGUAGCAGGCUCCCUGUACCCAUUUCAUGCCUAAAACAUAUUCCUCAUUAACAACCUCCCUCUCUCUUUGCCAGCUGUUUUUCCAAUCACUGUAUGAUCAAACCAUAUCCUUUAUUCUUGACAAACAAUGGCAUCGCUUAGCUCCCAUGCAAAAUAUGCUCUGAAACGAAUAACAAAAAUAUAUAUCUGGCACCAUGGAUGGGGACUGAGGAGGUGGAAGAAGGCGUAAUGAUGGCUUGCUCACUGGCACCACAGAGUAGCCAUGCGUUUCACCAGGAGGUCAGAUGCAGGACGGUUUUGUGUGUGACUUCUGUACCCAGAGAGGAGAGAUAGGAGAGGGAGGAGAAGGACAGGACCUAGGCAACACAUUACAGAACAGCAAGAGGUGGCACUGGGCUGCAGGGAUGGGAGGGAUGGGAGUGUGGGAGAGAGGGAGGUGUGGUAGCGUGGUGGUCAAAGAGGCACUUGGCACUCCUUUCAAAACCUACCCUUAAACAUACAGUGCACACACGCACACUCAUGCAGUCACAAACACUAAUGCAGAUGCACACACACAGACAAGCAUGCACACACGCAAGAUGUACGCACACACACCCUACUACUACACACACGGCCCCUUGUGUGUUCCUGGGAAUCCCAUAGCUCCCAGGCCUGGCGUGUUGUUUUUGUGCCUUGGCUGUGUGAGGACAGGAAGAGAUAAAGAGAGCCCCACUCGGGUGUUUACAGCCAACAAUGCUGAGCUGAAUAGCAGGAGAAGGAGAGGGGAAGAAGCCUAAUGGCAGACCGACCAGCCAGCCGGGCUCCUCUGUGAAAAAUCACCUUGGUGCCAAGAGGACUCUGCAAACAGAAAAGGCAGGGUGAAAAAAUGAAGAGAGAGAAAGAUACAAAUGGUUCUAAGAAGAACACCAUAAGAGCACUCUGCAGAACAAAAGCUAUUGAUAGUGUGUGAAAAGCUCUUCAUUCUAUAACUAAAAGCUUUAAAUCAACUUUAGAGUGCAUAGAAAGUGUGUACACACAUCUUCAUAGAAAAUGUACAACACUAAACUGGUGGGAACACUAAACUGGUAUGGACAGACUGUUGUCUUUGUGAGAACAUGCCAAUAGACAUCUUCAGAGUGCAAUGAGUCAUUUAUGACAGCAUGAAUCAACAUUGCAUGCAAAUAAAUGUACAUUUAGCAUAUUCACUUACAUAAGAGCACAGAGGUCACUGGUUUCAGUUAUGAUGUCAAAAGCGGUUUAUGUUUUUCAAAACAAUUCUGGUGUGUUUUAGGGCCAGUAGUUUUUCCUGGUCAGGUCACAUAUGCUCACACAGGGUACAUUUCAGUCAGGUCAUAGGCCCUACAUGCCCAAUAAGCCAGGUCAUAGUGGCUGCACAAAUGCAGCCAAUUCUAGAUAUGACUCACUUCUCAGUCUGAUUAAUAUGUAUUGUGUUUCUCCAUCUGUCAUUCCUACAGGAAGUGGUGGAACCAUGGGGUCCUGGGGCCCCGGUCUGUGUGUGGUUUUGUGUUUCUGGGGAACAGUUAGUGGGAACACACUUGACGGUCACACUGUUGGCCCGUGUACUGUCAAUACUGGCACGGUAAGAAAGACACACAUUUUGUCCUCCUCCACUUUUUUGUUCCCUUUGUUCAGUUCCAAGCAGUCACAUGAGGAAGACACGAUGGAGAAUUUCCUGUUUGUGCUACACUUUUCCUGUUGUUGAUCAUACAGUAAGCUAACAUUACCUCUGGGAGUCAAGUCUACUUCAUUAUAGGACAUCAACAUUAGAAUUAUAUGUCAAGAUUGUGCCUCUUUAAGCAAAUGUAUUUGGUGUUCACAGAUUGAUUUGUUAAAUAUUAGAUGGGUUUUCUUUAUCUUUCUGUUUUAAAGUGAUUACAUUAAAUAUUUAGUUAUCAGCACUAGACAGUUGUAAAGACUCCUGGGUCAUUCCACAAAAUGAGUGCCUUCGGCAUCCCUUUGAUUUUUUAAGUAGACAUUGUGCCCCAAUAUAGAAUUUUAAAAGCCUGUUAUAUUAAAUGAAGUGCCCUUUAAUAUAGACCACAUGAACAAUUCAAUAAAUCAUAUUUUGACGUCCCUCCGUCAACCCUGUGUUACCUCUAGGAAGAUUUAAACCACUUAAUCCCAACAUUUCUCCACGUUUCACUAUCAUUGUACAGCCCUAGUUCUUUUGUUGCUUUGACAAAGUCAUUUCUGAAGAUUAUUAUUUAUUUUAUGUGAUUAAGUUACGUCUGUCCCUCAUUUUAUGGUCAACCCUGUUACGUGCAUUGAACUUUUGUUUUAAUAUGGUGAAACUAUUCCUUUUUUAAUAUUUUUUUUUAAAGAAACAUUGAACAUAUAAUAGUCAAAUCAUAGAGUAAAAGCAGGUGAGCUGGUUCUACUCUUUUUUUCUGGUGUUUUGUGGUGGAAAACGGAGCGGGUCGAGCAUAACACGUCAACACUGGUACCCAUAGGCUAGAGAUGUUGCACACAACAAGCUUUCAUUCCCUCUCUCACAAGGGGAUUUAUGGCUGAUUGAAGAAGAAAUCGUCAACCCUGUUACGUUCAAUCCUGUUUAUUUGGCAAUUAAUAGGCACUUGUGGUUUUAUGACAUUGAACAUGUGCUCUUUAUGACAGAAUCUUAUAAUUAGGUGAAAUCAUUUUUUAUUUUUUUUACAAGUUUAUUUCUCAAAAGGUACUGAAUUGGUGAAUGACCUUCCUAAUGAAUUGUAACACCACCCUUUUAAUAAUUCCCUUUCAAUUCACCCAUACAAUGGUUUUAGGGAGAAACUUUGUAAAAUCAUAAAGUUGCUUUAUUCUUUUCAAAACUCUUCUUGAUUCUUGCAAAAUGGCAACCACAAAAUGGGAAGGGUUGGCUUGACGAAUCUUGUCCAUCUCUUCCACAAGGCAUCAUUUAACUGCAGUUGGAGGAAACUGUCCCAUAUUCCAACAGAGAUAUGGAACAAUGCAACUGCACUGGACCUCUCUCAGAACCACCUGAACCUUACUAACCCUCAACACCUCAGACAACUACAGAGGUUGGAUCAGCUUGUUAACCUAAAUCUCUCAGGAAACUACCUCCCUCUGCUGGAGAAAGGCCACCUGUGCAACCUGCCCUUCCUGCAGAUACUAGACCUCAGUGGUUGCCGACUGACCUCCAUAGAGGCUGGAGCUCUGCAGGGCUUACCCAGGUUAGGGAAGCUGUUUCUGGGGCACAACAGACUGCAAGGCCCCCUGUCUGUUUCUGCUCAAACUAUAUCCUUCCUGGAUCUCCAUGGGAACCAAGAGCUUGACCAUGAGUCUGAUGAUUCGUUGACAGGAAUCAGAAGACCAUUCCAUAGGAAACUGUUAACAGUGGACCCUGAACAUCCCAGCCCAACUCCAAAUAACACAAUGACUACAACUAAUGGUAUGGAUCUAAGUUAUAUAACUUACUUCUGCUUCAUUAUAUCAAUUAAUUGAUAUGUACUUAGUAUCAAUUAUCUGUUGUCAUCUAAUGCUUUCACGCUUAAGUGGUCUUUGCUGUUUUGGAAGUGAACAUAAUAAUAAUGAUUUGAGCAGUAAAACUUCCCCUCUCCCAACAGGCGGUGAGGACGGUGGUCAGAGCCGUUUCUCCAAAAGCUGGCAGUACCUGGUAGCAGUCCUGGUGACGGCCAUCUCCCUCUCCCUCCUCAUCGUUGGCCUGGCCAAAUGCCAGCUGGUCCGCCGCUACCUGGCUAGCUACCGCCACACCCGGCUGAUCGAGGGGGACACAGCCAGACAGUGUGACCCCAACAGCCUGGAGGUAGGCUUCUCCAUGCAUGAGCAUGGGGGACAGGGACGGAGACGGUGCCCCAGGAGUGGCUGGAAUCGCAGAGGAGGAGGAUGGAUGGUCAUGGAGGAAGUGAAUGGGAGGGGAGGAGAGAGGAGAUGGAAUUCAGUAGAGGAUACACUGAUGCAAGCAGAGAGGAGA